AAUAUUUUUUUUCUCUGUCUGCUCAAAAAAAGCUGCCUUCGAAGUGUUUUUGUUAUUUUACCAAAAAAUGAAAGUUUGAUUUGUUUGACCUUUAUAAAUGACCUUAACUUUAAGUAGUCAAUAGGAUCUUUAUUGCGCAUGCGUAUAUUUUCCGUCAAAUAGCAUUUGGCGCGCUGAUAAGCACGAUUUGCUGAUCACGAUGAAAUUAUUUCUUUUAGUCGUUCGACAGAUACCAAACAUUCCCCACGUUCCUAAAAGUGUGCGCUGUGUUUGUCAAUUUUCUUUCGUAUAAGAUGUCUAAUCACGAUUUAGUAAUAAACAGAAAAAUGGCUCGUCAGAAUGGAAUUGUACAACCACUGCUAACAGAUUUGUAUCAAAUAACUAUGGCCUAUGCUUAUUGGAAAUCUGGAAAAGUGAAUGAUGUAGCUGUGUUUGAUUUAUUUUUUCGCACCAAUCCAUUUCAGGGAGAAUUCACUAUAUUUGCUGGCCUCGAAGAGUGCCUAAAAUUUUUAGAGAAUUUUCAUUAUUCAGAUAGUGAUAUUGAUUAUUUAAUGCAAACAUUACCAGAUAACAUAGAACCAGAAUUUUAUGCCUAUUUGAAAGAUUUAACCUGCAAAGACAUCAAAUUAAGUGCAAUAGAGGAGGGGUCUGUUGUGUUUCCGAGAGUCCCUCUGUUGAGAAUAGAAGGUCCUUUAAUAGUUGCUCAGUUGCUAGAGACAACUUUACUGACCCUGGUCAACUUUGCAAGUUUAAUGGCAACGAAUGCGGCGCGUUACAGAAUGGUUGCCGGCAAGAAUGUUUCCUUGCUAGAGUUCGGUUUGCGCAGAGCUCAGGGACCGGACGGUGGAUUGUCUGCUUCUAAAUAUGCAUAUGUUGGUGGGUUCGACGGCACGAGCAACGUACUGGCCGGCAAGAUGUUCGACAUCCCGGUGCGCGGCACGCACGCGCACUCCUUCGUGACGUCAUUCAGCUCGCUGGCGGACGUGCGCAGCGCGGCGCUGCGCCACGCGGGCUCGCACGAGUCCUGCGACCUGCUGCAGCGCGCCGCCGACUGGCGCCGCCGCGUCGCCACCGUCCUCGACGUCUCCCCGGAGGAGGCCAGCGACGGCGAGCUCGCCGCGCUCAUAUCCUACGCCGUAGCCUUCCCCACCGGCUUCCUCGCCCUCGUCGAUACCUAUGACGUGAAGAGGUACAAUAGCCACGGCGCGCGCAUAAACGGACAUUCCGGCUACAAUAGCAACUGUGGAUCCAAUGGCAAUACGAUAAGCGAGCCGUCCGCACGUAGCGCGUACGGAUAUAGCACGGUCGAACGCACACUGAGGAGUGGUCUUUUAAACUUCUGUGCGGUGGCCCUUGCACUAAAUGAUUGCGGAUACAGGGCCGUGGGCAUACGCAUAGACAGCGGCGACCUCGCUUACCUUUCUGUAUUAGCAAGGAAUUCGUUCGAACAAAUAGCUGAAGCGUUCAAACUGAACUGGUUUGCUAAAUUGACGAUUGUCGCAUCAAAUGACAUAAAUGAAGAUACUAUACUCAGUUUGAACGAACAGGGGCAUAAAAUCGACUGCUUCGGUAUUGGAACACAUUUAGUUACAUGUCAACGUCAACCCGCGCUGGGAUGUGUUUAUAAACUGGUGGAAAUAAAUGGACAGCCGCGGAUCAAACUUAGUCAAGAUGUAGGGAAAGUCACCAUACCUGGUCACAAAGAGGCAUACAGGUUAUUCGGUGCGGACGGACACGCUCUGAUAGACCUGCUGCAGCGCUCCUCCGAGCCCGCGCCCGUCGUAGGACAGAAGGUGCUCUGCAGACAUCCCUUCCAGGAGUCCAAGAGAGCCUACGUCAUACCCAGCAAAGUGGAACAUCUGUACAAGGAGUGCUGGAGCGCGGGGCGGGUGCGCGUGCGCAGCAAGCCGCUGAGCGAGGUGCGCGCGCGCGUGCAGGCCUCGCUGCGCGCGCUGCGCCAGGACAUCAAGCGCAACCUCAACCCCACGCCCUACAAGGUGGCAGUGAGUGACGACCUUUAUAGCUUCAUCCACGACCUGUGGCUGCAAAACGCACCCAUCGGGGAACUAUCGUGAAACUUACACAAAAAGCGGAAAAUAAGUCUCGAAGGAACAUAAUAAUGAAAAAUCUGUGAAACAAAAUGAAAGAAAACUGAAGUAUUAGCAAACUUCGUGUUUGAAAAUAGAUAUAUUUUGGUGGCUGUGUUUUAUUUCUACUUUUGAAUUUGUAAAAUGGGGAAUGGAAAUUUUAGUUUAUGUUAUUCCACAAUAGAAUGUUUGUUUUCUUUGUAGCUUUUAUAGAUUAUUGUCACAAAAUGAAGUUAAUAUUUCACUUGUUGAAAUAAAGUACAUGCGAUGUUGUCUGUAAAGAAAAAUAAAUUAAGGACUUUUUUAAUUAUAGUUUAUCCUUAGAUGUAACAAAACAUUCU